UUAUCUAACCUCGUCAGGGAUGUCUCUCUCGACACCAAUUGUAAAUUACAACUAUUUAAUCUGAUACAUAAUGAUAUUAGGACCACAUUUCUCUGACAAUCUGUGUCAAAGUUCCAUGGGGAUCUCUGACAACAAAAUCCUCAGUUUUACGGAUGUUUCUGUGCAUAACAACCCGAAAGAUUGUUGGGUGAUUAUCAACGCAAAGGCUUAUGAUGUGACGAAAUUCUUGGAUGAUCAUCCGGGAGGUGAUGAAGUUCUGCUACAAGUUGCAGGUGAAGAUGCAAGUGAAGAAUUUGAGAGCGCGGGUCAUGGCAGUGCAGCAAGAUUGAUGUUAGAUGAAUAUUACGUCGGGGAAAUAGAUCCCCUGUCAUCUCCGGUGAAAAAGAGAGCUCCUCCAACACAAUUAUCAGUAAAACGAAACACUGUGACACCUCAAUUGCCUCCGACUACCAAUAAACCUGGAAAUAACCACUUCAUCAUCAAACUUGUCGUGUUUUUUCUAGCGUUGGGGAUGGCCGUUGGCCUUGGCUUGUAUUCUUCAAACUAGGAAUGUUUUGUUUGUAUUUGUUAACAGAGUAUAAGAAUAAAGUUUGUGUACUAAGCAUUUUCCUUUUCUGAAAUGUAAUUGAAUAACAUUGGCAA